AUGAGUCGCCGUGAUAAUAUUGUAAUUAAAUCAAAACGAAAUCCAACACAGCAACCUUCGUCGUCAGUAAUUUCAGCUCAUUUACAACCGCAAGAUUUAAGCCAACUAAAAACUGUUGUCACAUCGAAAGAAUUUUUAUCCGGUGUUGUAAAUGCUCUCAUCGGAAAAAUUAUUGAUGACAAAAUGUUAGUGUAUGAAAAUCGUAUAAAAAAACUUCAAUCAACAAUCGAAGAUAUGCAAGCGCAUAUCGAAGACUUACAAUACAAGUGUAAUGACCUGGAACAAUAUGGUAGACGUUGUACUGUCAGAAUCUAUGGUAUUAAAGAGGAGGAAAAAAAUGAAAAUAUGAGCGCUAUUGUUAUUAAUUUUGCCCAAAAAAUUGGAGUUAAUGUUACUGAACAAGACAUCUAUGCGUCUCACCAUUGGGGUAACAGAAAAAAUUCCACGCGGCCGAUAAUUGCUCGCUUUCUUCGUUAUGAAACACGUCUAAGUUUACUACAUAAUCGUUCGAAACUAAGAUCUAUUCAAGAUUACAAAAAUGUCUAUAUCAAUGAAGAUCAAACUCGCUUUAAUUAUGAUUUGUUUAUGUAUGCGCGUAAAGUUUUAACAUCAUGUUCGUACAAAGAACGGGUAUCUCUUUUAUCGUUCGGAAGUUGA